CGAAAGAAGAAGAAGAAGAGGAGGAGGCGGUGGAGGUAAACAGAGGGAGCUGUCAGGUGGCACGCAUGGCGGGGAGACGAGCUCUGAAGGCGGUGCUUAUCGACCUGAGUGGAACUCUGCAUAUAGAAGACUCAGCAGUGCCCGGCGCUCAGGAUGCCCUCAAAAGGUUACGGCAGGCCGCGGUGGCUGUGAAGUUUGUGACCAACACAACAAAGGAGAGCAAGAGGAACCUACUGGAACGGCUGCAGCGGCUCAACUUCGACGUCCAGGAAAAGGAGAUCUUCACUUCUCUGAGCGCUGCGAGGAGUUUGUUAGAGCAGAAGCAGCUCCGGCCGCUGCUGCUGGUGGAAGACAGCGCCCUGGAAGACUUCACUGGCUUCAACACGUCGGAGCCGAACGCCGUCGUCAUCGGACUCGCUCCCGAUCACUUCAACUACCAAACACUCAACAACGCUUUCAGGAUGAUCCUGGAUGGAGCUCCACUCAUCGCCAUCCACAAAGCCCGUUACUACAAGCGUAAGGACGGCCUGGCCCUGGGCCCCGGGCCCUUUGUGACGGGGCUGGAGUUCGCCACAGACUGUAAAGCUACUGUAGUAGGAAAGCCUGAAAAGACAUUUUUUACACAGGCUCUGUCUGAUCUGGGAUGCAGCCCCGGCGAAGCCGUCAUGAUUGGAGAUGAUGCCAGGGACGAUGUGGGCGGGGCUCAGGAUGCAGGCAUGCUGGGUAUUUUGGUCAGAACUGGUAAAUACAGACAAGGUGACGAGAAUAAAAUCAGCCCCCCUCCACACCUGACGUGUGACAGUUUCCCCGACGCUGUAGAUCACAUCCUGCAGAACCUGCUGUGAUCCAUCAGUCCUUCAUUUGCACUGUUUUCCCUUAUGUAGGAUUGAUCGGGUGAGAAUAGAGUUGGUGAAUCGGAGAACAUUAAUAGGAAAAUAAAUGUCAACAAGAGGAUUUUCAGGAGAAUGUAUAAAUUAAUGUUUGAAUGUUAAAUGAAAACCAGCGGAUAAUAUUUGUUGUAUUUUAUUGGUGUUACUGGUCAAACAGCAUGUUCCCACAAUGUAUGUCCGCUUUGUUUUGACACAGUGAUGUGAAAAAGAAACUAUUCUUUAAAUGUUUGAAGCUGUUCAACACAGCAAUGUUCAAAUCCGACAAAUAAACAGAACUGA